AUGAAAGUAUUAAUAGCUAUAGUAUUACUAGCAUUUAUUGUUGGUGUCCAUUCAGCCAGCUUUAGAGCAAGUUCAGACUUGUUUAUUAAAAACAAAGUUCUAGAGAAUGAACAAACCGGUGGACUAUUGUACAUCUUGUUUACCAAUCCAGAACAAGAAUGCAGUGGCUGCAAGGAAAUCAACGACAAGUUUGCUGAAAUGUCGGAACAAUACUCUGAUAAGGUUACCUGGAUCGUUGCCAAUGUUGAUGAUGUAAAUGGAGAAAGCAUGAAACCAUAUAUUCCAGGAUAUGUCAUGUUGAAUGGAGCCAAUGUCUUGGAAGUAAUUCCAAGAGCUUCAUUUGUCCAACUUGAAAAUGCUGCUCUUACUUAUAUCGAGAAACAAAAAACUAUUAGAAAGAGAUAUAAUACAGACGAUGAUGACGAUGAAACAAACGAUCAAGAAACAACAACAACAACAACAACAACAAAAACAACAAAAACAACAACCGACACAACAGUGAAAGAUACUUUAGAAACUAAAGAUGGAUCAACAGAACAAGUAAAGGAAAAUAUAGUAAAGGUUGCUGCUGAUUCUGCAGAUGAGCCAGAUAACGACGAAUCAUCUUUUAUUCAAUUUAAAUCAAAGGUUGAUAUUAAGAAAAAGCCUGUUAAUACAUUCAAGUCAACAACAACAACAAAGAAAUCAACAACAUCAUCUCCAUCAACAACAUCAAUACUUAGCUUUGAUGAAGAUCAAAAUGAUGAUUCCUCAACUUUUUCAAUACGUAAUCAAUCGUUAAAGUCAAUCAAGAUGAGUAGUAUGAAAAGAAAUGACCUCAAUAUCCAAUCGACUGCUGCAACUUCAUCAUUUUACAAUCAAUCCAUUGGAGAAUACACUGUAGAGAAUCUAAACAAAUUGAAAAUUGCAACAACCUCUAGAUCAACUGUCCCACCAAACAAAGAAGAACAAGAUGAAUCGAUGACAACCAUGGUUGGAAUGGAUACAAGAGAUGAAGAGGAGGAUGGAAAAGAUGGAGACACUGAUUUACCAACAAUUGAACAAAUCAAAGCGGCAAAAGAAAAAAGAGAAAGAUUAAGAAGAGAACAUAAAGAUAGAGAUAAUAAUAAUAAUAAUAAUAAUGGUUUUAUUCCAUUGGAUUCAAGAAAAAAGAACAAUAGUAAUAAUAAUAAUAAUAAUAAUAAUAAUAAUAGUAACAAACCAAUUAUAGAUAUAGAUAUGGAAAGUGAUAAUGAAGAUGAUGACUCUGCAAAUGAAUAUGAUCAAGAAAAAUCAAAUGUUAGGAAAUUUGGAGAUACUAGUGCAUCAUCAAAGACAAGAGGUGGAGUUGAUGAUACUAUCAAUGUAGAUAGUGAUGAAGAAGAUAGUGAGGUUAGAAGAUGGCACAUUGAACAAAUACAAAAAGGAGGUGGAAUUUCAAGUAAAGCAUCUCUAGAUUCCAAAUCAAAGAGUCAUCAAAAGGAUUUACUUCAUCAAACAAAAGAAGAUUAUCCUCAACGUGGUGGUGGCAGUACAACAGACAAUGCUUCGGGUUAUGCACAGAGAUUGUUACGAGAUAUUGAAAGCGCGUUAGAGGGAAUGGAUGAAGUACAAUUCUCACAUAAAUCCGAUCUUUCAAGAAGUCAAGCGGCACUUGAAGACAGUCAAUAUUUGGUGAUGAGGUUAGAGUCUGAUUUGAAUGUUAUUGACGAUGAAGUAAACUAUUAUUACGAGUUUGAGGAUUAUGUCAAAAAUAUGGAAGGAUGUUUGGAUGAAAAGAUACCUCAGAUUGAAGAAUUGGAAUCUAGAAUGAUGGAUUUGGAAUCUCAUUAUUUUGGAUCAAAAGGAAAACCAAUGACAUCCGAACAAGAGGUAGAAGAAGAGGAGGCAUUUUAUCAAAAAGAAAAGAGGCACAUUCAAGAAUUAUCACAAAAAGUACUAGAGGAUGUAGACGAUGAAUAUAGCCAACUUGAACUUGUACGAGACAAGUUUCAAAAUUGGAAACAAAAGAAUUAUUCUUCAUACAAAAAAAUCAACCUUGCCUAUAUUAUUCCAGCCAUUUUUGCACCAUUUAUCAAAUUACAAUUACUUCAAUGGAAUCCUUUACAAGAUUCUAAUUUUGAUAAAUAUCCUUGGUUUUCUCAAUUAUCAAAUUAUGGUAUUUUAAAAAAUAUAGAAUUAGACCAUGAUGAUCAAGAUCACAAUUUGAUACCAAAACUUGUAUCAAAAAUUAUUGUAACAAAAGUAGAAUAUUUUAUCAAAUCAAUUUGGGAUCCAUACUCUGCAACUCAAACAAAUAAUUUAAUUCACACAAUUGAAGAGAUUUUAAUUUAUGUUGAGCAAUUACCUUCAUACUUUUUUAAUUUGAUAAUACAAAGGAUUUUAAAAUCUAUAGAACAAAUCAAAUUUAGGAAAGAAAAUACCGGUAAACAAGAAAAUCAAAUUAUUUUUGAUGGCUCUAUCAGUUUAUUACUGGUAAUGGUUAGAUUUCACAAACUUUUUGAUUCAGAUUCAAAAUAUACACUUGGGAACCAUAUUCUAGACUAUGUAAAUUCGAUUAUAUUGACAAAUAUUUCACAAACCUCUCUAUUGGAUGAACCAAGUCAACUAUUAUUAUGUCUGCGUCGGGUUGUCGAUAGUUUUGUGAUAAUCAACAACAACAAUGAAAAGAAAAGAACUUGUUCAAAUAUGGUACAUGGUUUAUUAAUUGAUGUGGAAUCUUUAAUUGAAAGUGAAGAUGAUAUUAACCAAAUAUCAUACAUUAAAGAUAAAUUAUCUCUUUGA